AUGCGCCCCUGUACCGCCUCCUCAUGCUGCUGCCAGGCCCGUAAUCUGCCAUGGGCCCCUGUACCGACUCCUCAUGCUGCUGCCAGGCCCGUAAUCUGUCAUGGGCCCCUGUACCGCCUCCUCAUGCUGCUGCCAGGUCCAGAGUGUGUCAUGGGUCCCUGUACGGCCUCCCAUUGCUGCUGUCUCUAUCGCCACACUCUGCCAUGUGCCACUUUCAGGUCUCCUCACACUGCUGGUGGUUUCCAUUUUUGUCAUAGGGUGCUGUAUGGCCUCCCAUUGCUGCUGCCUCCACCGCCACACUGUGGCUCCACACUCUGGUUUUGGCCCCGUGACUGCCCAAAUGAGUGAAGUGUGCGGUGAUUCUAAGAUCGACGGCACUCAUCUGCAUGUCAUACUGACUGACAGUAUUAUUUCUCUUCCCCAGCAGACUCCAAGGGCAUUUAAAUUAAAGGUACAGUGUUCUGCACUAAUAUUA